AUGAUUGGUCAGAUCGAAUCUGUAAUACACUCGGUCAAGUUGAGUUUUGAUGUCGGUUCGGCUUAUGAGAGUCUAGAGUCCAAGUCUGGGGAUGUUCUGAAGCAAAAGUCGCUACGGAAGCGGGGUGUGAGUGUGAGUGGGGCCGUCCCCGCCUUUGCCGGCGAGACGGAGACGGAGACGCAGCGGAGCCGCAAUUGCCUCCCCUCUCAGGGCAGGACAAGACAAGCGGCAAGGGUGAACGGCUCUUCCCCAGGAAUUUGGAGAGCCGCUGCUCACUCUGCUGAUGAUAGGUUACCUAUCAAAAAGGGGUCAUUACGUGCGGGGUCAAGUCUACUGUUGAAUGGGAUGCUCGCUAUCCUUUACGCCGAAGACGAAGACCCUCUUUCUCUUGGUCUCAUAGCAACCAGUUACAGCAAAAUGUGGAUUUGCUGUACCUGA